AUGGCUUCCAUCGCGACAGACCUUCCUCUACAAUAUCAACGCGAAAUAUUAAAUGAACUUUUAGCUGAAGAUGGUUUCUUGAUCCUUAGUCGUGGCUUAGGCUUAAGACGUAUAAUAUGUGCACUCCUUAAAAUAUACUCUCAUACAAGUCAUUUGGUAAUUUUGUUAAAUACUCCCGCAAAUGAAGAAAUUAUUAUAAAGGAAGAACUUGCAGAAAUGGGCGUUAGAAAGCCUGGCCUGAGAGUUGUGAAUAAUGAAAUGGGUACCAAAGAGAGUGGACCUAUUGACAAAACGAAUUCCUUCGUAUCUUAUUACUGGAAUAUUAGUGAACCAUGCAGAGAGGAAGGAUUUAUUAAAGCGUUUUCAGACUCUCCUGAAUCCUUUACUGGUUUUUCACCAUUACAAACAACUGUACAGUAUCUCCAAUUACGCAAAGUGUUUUUAUGGCCCCGGUUUCAUGUGACUAUACGUGAGUGCCUUGAAGAGCGAAAGGUUGAAGUGAUUGAAUUGUAUCACCAUUUAUCUAAUUCAAUGAAUGAGAUACAGACAGCUAUUCUUGAGUGUAUUGAAGCUUGUGUAGCAGAACUUAGAAAGACAAAUAUUGCUUGGUUAGACAUCGAGGAUUUAACUGUAGAGCAAGCUUUUUUUAGAUCUUUUGAUCAUAUAAUAAGACAACAACUCGAUCCAGUGUGGCAUCGUGUUGGACAGAAGACAAAGCUGCUGAUCGGUGAUUUGACAAUGUUACGAAAGUUACUCACUUUUUUGGAAACUAUACUAGCGAGUCAAACCCCAUCAUCUACACUGAGCCAGCAGCAACAAUCAUCAUGGAUAUUUAUGGACGCUGGAAACACUAUAUUCUCUGUGGCCAAAAGGCAUCCACCAGGAAUUGUACCAGUAUUGGAAGAAUUACCGAAAUGGGGGUUGUUGGCCGAUAUAGUUAAUGAGGUAGAACUCGAAAUUGAGUCACUAUCAGGCCUCCCACCUUCUGAUGAAGAAUCGAAUAAUAUUAUUUUGAUAAUGGCUGAAAAUGAGCGCGAAUGUUCUCAAUUACGUGAAUAUCUUUCUACGAUGCAUAAAGGAUUAGAAGAAGGUCAAGGACGGGGCGGGCCUUUGUUACGACGAUUGCUACGGAAUUAUUUCAAAUGGAAAGGCGAUAUUGCCAAAGUAAGCGAAAAUUUGUUUAAUCCAUCAAAAGAUUCUGCUCAAAGUGAGGAUAAUCAAGAGAGUAAUAAUCAAACGGCAACAUCUUCAGAGCCAAAAAAACAGUAUCAACGUGGACAACAACCACCUAACAAACGAAGGCGUGUUCGUGGAGGAUCAAUAGCUGCUGCUAUGUCGUCAACGCGAACCACUGUCUCGAUAAUUGAAGAAGAAGCCAAAGAAAUAGCAAAUUUUAUCAAUAGCAAUAUUACAUCCUUUGCUACAAGCUCCGUACAAAAGGAAGCUCCAAAAACUAGUGGGACAUAUGAUGAUGAUGAAUUUGAUGCCAAAGCAUUUUCAACAUACUUUGGACUUCUUCCAUUGCAAUCUUUAGUUAUUAUUCGACCAAUUUCUGGAGAUGAUGAUAGAAUGUUAGAGGCGCUAAAGCCUAAAUAUAUAAUUAUCUAUCACCCGGAUCAAGGAUUUGUUAGGCGCGUAGAGACAUUCCGCGCAAUACAUCCUGGAAUAUCAUGCAAAGUAUAUUUCAUGGUUUACAAAAAUUCGGUAGAAGAACAACGAUAUUUAAGCGUCAUACGAAAAGAAAAAGAAGCUUUUGAAAAACUGAUUUAUGAAAAAUCUAUAAUGGCAAUUCCUUUAGGCAAACCAAGAAUUAUUUCGCGUAAUCCAGAUGAUAUGUUUUUGAGGACAACUAAUACUCGUAUAGCAGGUGGAAGAGAAAUUGUUCAGCCAGUUGCACAUAAGAUUGUAGUAGACAUUCGAGAAUUUCGUAGCAGUUUACCAUCACUUCUUCAUGCACACGGAGUAGAAAUUCUUCCAUGUACAUUAAAAGUUGGUGAUUAUAUUUUAUCGCCAGAUAUUUGUGUCGAAAGAAAAUCAAUCUCUGACUUAAUUGGAAGUUUUGUUUCGGGAAGACUAUAUACACAAUGUGAAACCAUGUCAAUAUACUAUAAACAACCCGUGUUAUUAAUUGAGUUUGAACAAAAUCAAACGUUUACACUUCAAGCAAUAAGUGAUUUAAAGUCUGACAUCAACAUAAAUGAUAUUUCUUCAAAACUAGUAUUGCUUACUUUGACAUUUCCUCGUGUAAAAAUAAUUUGGUCUUCAAGUCCUCACGCAACUGUCAAAAUAUUUGAAGAUUUAAAGGAAUCACGUGGUGAGCCUGACCUUGAAACUGCACAGUCUAUCGGGGUAGAAAAUGAUGAUUUCCCAGACUAUAACUUGUCGCCACAGGAUAUUCUUCGCACGCUGCCCGGGAUAACAGCGAAAAACUAUAAACACGUUAUGUCAAAAGUUGAUAAUUUACGUGAACUAACCGAAUUAUCUUUAAGAGAGUUGCAAAUUUUAAUUGGCGUUGAAAAUGGAAAAAAAUUACAUGAAUUUCUCGACAGAAAUGUUAAAAUAUAA